AUGUCGAUGACGAUGGCAAUGAUGAGACAUAUGCUGAGUGGAACAUCCGACGGUGUUCUGCGGCUUCGCUGCGACGUUGUUUGCGCCUUCAAUUUUCAUAGCGCCAUGGAGUUGUUACCGAUACUUCUCCCAAUACUCAGAGAUGCGCUUUCCCAUCCAGAAUGGGAGGUGAAAGAAUCAGGUAUUCUCGCACUUGGUGCAGUUGCUGAAGGCUGUAUGAACGGCAUCACCCCUCAUUUACACGAACUCAUUCCCUUCCUUCUGAAUAUGCUGGACGACAAGAAGCCACUUGUCCGGUCAAUCACAUGCUGGACGUUGUCGCGGUAUUGUUCAUGGGUAGUGGAUGAGGCACGUCAGCAGUACUUCGAGCCGACUCUCAAGGGUCUUCUUGUACGAGUCCUCGACGGCAACAAACGUGUGCAAGAAGCCGCUUGCAGCGCUUUUGCAACGGUGGAGGAAGAAGGUGGAGAUUUCAUCGCACCUUACCUUUCUGACAUCUUGCAGACAUUGGUGCAGGCUUUUGGAAUCUAUCAGGCCAAGAACUUGCUGAUUUUGUACGAUGCUGUGGGAACGCUGGCGAAUUCUGUUGGCAACGCUUUGAGUGAGCCCAUGUAUGUGCAAGUACUGAUGCCUCCACUCAUGGAGAAAUGGCAGAGGCUGGGAAACGAUGACAAGGUGGAUGGUGGUUACUUCGACCCAACACCUGAAGUUCGACAGAGCAGUUUUGCUUUGCUUGGCGAUCUUACAAAAGCUUGCUGGCAUCAUAUAAAGCCCUAUACACAGACAUUCAUACCUAUUUUGGCAAUGAAUUUCGACCCGUCGCACAUAUCUGUCUGCAACAAUGCGAUAUGGGCUUUCGGUGAGGUACGUGGUUUGUUUAUUAGUAGAAGUUCUAUUGUCAGUGAUGAGGGCUACAUUUACUGA